GCGGAGCGCGGAGGGCGGGGCGCGCCCCCGGUGCCGCAGCAUAACCCUUCCGGGCGGGGCGGCCGCUGCCGGGCGGUUCCCGCGGCCCAGGCGCCACGGGAUGGAGUGAAGCGCGACGGACGGUGCGGGAGCAGCGGCGCCUCGCCUUCCUCAGACGGGCCGGGGCUAUGCGAGGGCCGCGCUGCCGCCUGUCCUAGGCCCGGGCCGCGGUGGCGGCGGGCCCAGCGGGGGAGCGGCGAGAGGCUGCGGGGCCCGAUGCGGGAGUACAAAGUGGUGGUGCUGGGCAGCGGGGGGGUGGGGAAGUCCGCCCUGACGGUGCAGUUCGUCACCGGGACCUUCAUCGAGAAGUACGACCCCACCAUCGAGGACUUCUACCGCAAGGAGAUCGAGGUGGACUCGUCCCCUUCGGUGCUGGAGAUCCUCGACACGGCGGGCACCGAGCAGUUCGCCUCCAUGCGCGAUCUCUACAUCAAAAACGGCCAGGGCUUCAUCCUCGUCUACAGCCUGGUCAACCAGCAGUCCUUCCAGGACAUCAAGCCCAUGAGGGACCAGAUUGUCCGGGUGAAGAGAUACGAGAAGGUUCCUCUGAUCCUAGUGGGGAAUAAAGUGGAUCUGGAGUCGGAGAGGGAGGUCUUAUCUGCAGAAGGCAGAGCCCUGGCUCAGGAGUGGGGCUGCCCCUUCAUGGAGACAUCAGCCAAGAGCAAAACCAUGGUGGAUGAACUGUUUGCUGAGAUUGUCAGACAAAUGAACUAUGCUUCCCUGCCUGAGAAACAAGAUCAGUGUUGUACAACUUGCAUCGUCCAGUGAGAGAGAUUAAGGAGAACCUCAAUCAUGGCCAUACAGAGCAGAUAAAACUCAGAGGAAACUUGCACAGAUGCUGCUUUGGAGAACUUUCAGCCCAGGUUGCAGAGCUGAGCCUUGGUAAACCUGUCUCUGUUACAGCACAUUUGCCAUCCAGCUAAGUGCAUCCUAAGGUCGGUGGCCUGCAGGACCCACACACCUUAACCAGAAUGCUUAGCAUGUUUACCACCAGGUUAAAGAGCUGUUCUCUGUCAGUCCUUUUCUAGCUUUCUAAGUUCAUCUACUGGCUAAUAUGCAAGAGUUCCUUUUCUCCUGUGUGUGUUUCCUUUUGGUUUCCUCUUUAUUUCUUCUCUUCUCUUUUUUUUAAUUGAUUUCUUCAAUCAGAUUUUUUUUGAACUUUGUAUUUAUUAAAUACUCAAACUCAGUAUUACCUACUCAAUGCCUUUUAAAGACAAAAAAAAAGAAGAGGAGGAAGAGUUUUAAUGGAGAAUAAAUUGAGCCUUAAAAGAAAUGGUUACUUCUCUCUAUUACCUCGCAGCAGUGCUUAUUUCUCUUUGCUAAGGUUUUCUCCUCCAAUGUAGUUGGUCAGCAUUUGAGACUUGUUUACAUGUGACAGUGUCAUGCCAAGAUGCUGAGGGCACCUUUCUUGUCUGGAUGUAGUAUCCCUUUUCUUGGCCAACGCAGCAGCCUUUGUAAACUGGGUCCAGUUUGGCCCCGAGGGAUGCAGAAAGCCUCCAGCUGCUUUGCUUCUUGGGCUCUUGCAGUUGGAUUUCCUAAACUCAAGCAACACAGUGGCAAUUGUAGCAUGGGGGGGAAAAAUGGCAGCACACUUUGGAUUUGUUUCCUCCUACUGACUUACCAAACUUGCUUGUUUACAAACUUAGCUCCUUUCUGCCUUUUGAAAAGGGAUAAUUUGUCCUUCAGAACCGAGCUGGCUCGGCCAGCUCAGCUUUGCCUGGCACAUGGAGACACCCAGCAGACCUCUGCACGUGGAAAUCUAAUGCAAAUAAAAUCACUUUGCAGGUUUUGGGUUUUUUUUUCCUCUAGUUCCUAAUAUUUGUCUUUCUGAAUAACAUUUGAAAGCAAUAUUUGUUCAAGGUGGGGUUUGGGUAUUUGGGUUUUGGUGGGGGGGAGGUUUCUUCCUUGCACUGUCACAAACUGCUUUUAGUUGUUGUUGUCAUUGUGGUUUCUUUUCAUCAUUGUUGGUCGUUUGUACUUUUUUUCCCCCUUCCCCCAAUAAAACAAAUUUCACUGUUUAGAGCCAA